AUGUCCUACGUGAACAUUCUUGAUAAUGACGAUCUUGAGAUCCACUUCGAUCACAUGCGUUACGAAGUGACGGAGGGUGACGGGAAUAAAGACGUCAUAUUUUACCAUCGGACUACAGAGGAAGAUUUCACUCUAACUGUGACACCAGUCGAGGCAUCAGAAGUCAUGCAUAUGGGCGGUAGAAUGGACACUGAAAAUGAUAUGCCCCGCACAAAAGGUGCAGUAGAGUUUAGCUCCUAA